AUGAAAUACGAAAGCAAGAAAAGACCAUAAUCAGUUAAGGUGAUAUAAUAACAAUAAGUUCCAGUAUAAGAUAGAUAAAAGGAAAAAUUGAAUAAAAAAGGAGAGAGAAGAAUGUUAUUUGAAAAACCUAGUAAUAAGCAUAAAAUAAAAGAAUUUCUAUUCAAAUUUUUUAAGACAAUAAACCAUCUUUUAAAGGCCAGGAAAUAUAAUAAAAUUAUAUAUAAAGGGGAUCAAUAGAAUUAUGACUUAAACACUUUAUUCAAUUUAUGGGCAGAACAUAAGAAAUUCAAUUUCAAAUCCAACCCUGAGAAAUAUAUAACUAAAGAAUAAUUUGUGGACUUUUUAUUAUUGAUUGGAAUUUAUCCAGAUAGAUCUCAUGAGGCUGAACGACUUUUUGAUUAUUGUCAUGAGGAUGUCGUCAAAGCACCUGGAAUUGCUUAGUAGGAACAAACGACUUAGGCUUAAUAAGACUCUAAGUGGUUUAGAUUAUUAAAGGAUUGA